GCGCCUCUGGCGGCCGCUUUUCCCGCCUCCGACCAGGCUGUGCGGCUGUACGCCGCGAGAGUUGAGCAUGGCGGGAGCCGAGAACCCCGCUGGGCGCCAGGCAGAGCUGGAGCCCGUGGUCUCGCUGGUGGACGUGCUCGAGGAGGACGAGGAGCUGGAGAACGAGGCGUGUGCCGUCCUGGGCGGCAGCGACUCGGAGAAGUGCUCCUACUCACAGGGCUCAGUAAAGAGACAAGCACUAUAUGCCUGUAGUACCUGCACCCCAGCGGGAGAGGAAGCGGCAGGAAUUUGUCUAGCAUGCAGUUACGAGUGCCAUGGAAGUCAUAAACUAUUUGAACUGUACACAAAAAGAAAUUUUCGUUGUGAUUGUGGAAACAGCAAGUUUAAAAAUUUGGAAUGCAAAUUAUUUCCUGACAAAUCAAAGGUAAAUUCUUGUAAUAAGUACAAUGACAACUUUUUUGGGCUGUACUGCGUUUGUAAGAGACCCUAUCCUGAUCCUGAAGAUGAGGUUCCAGAUGAGAUGAUUCAGUGUGUAGUCUGUGAAGACUGGUUCCAUGGCAGGCAUCUUGGUGCCAUUCCACCUGAGAGUGGGGAUUUCCAAGAGAUGGUGUGCCAGGCUUGUAUGAAACGUUGUUCUUUCUUGUGGGCUUACGCUACUCAGUUGGCAGUAACCAGAAUAUCUGCUGAUGAUGAAGGGCCAGUGCUGAAUGUUGAUGGGACAGCUGAUCAGGAAGUUACCAAGUCUGAAAAUGGAGAUCAUAAAGAUAAUGCCCUCAAAGAGGAUGUUCCAGAAUGUGGAAGGGAUGCUGUCAAAGAAGUUAAAGCAGAGCAGACUAAUGAGCCAUGUACCAGCUCUGCUUCUGAAACUGACGUUCAGACAGUGUUUAAGAAUGAAAGCCCCAAAACUGAAUCACAGUUUGGCUGCCGACUUCAAGAGCUCAAAGCCAAGCAGUUUGUAAAGAAAGAUACUGCCACCUAUUGGCCUGUGAACUGGCGUAGCAAGCUGUGCACCUGCCAGGACUGUGUGAAAAUGUAUGGAGAGCUAGAUGUCCUGUUCCUGAUGGAUGAAUAUGAUACAGUUUUGGCUUAUGAGAACAAAGGCAAGAGUGACCAGGCAACUGACAGAAGGGACCCCUUAAUGGACACCUUGAGCAGCAUGAAUAGAGUCCAGCAAGUAGAGCUCAUUUGUGAAUACAAUGACUUGAAGACUGAACUUAAAGACUACCUGAAGAGAUUUGCUGAUGAAGGCACGGUUGUUAAGAGAGAGGACAUUCAGCAGUUCUUUGAAGAAUUUCAGUCAAGAAAGAGGAGGCGAGUGGAUGGGAUGCAGUAUUACUGCAGCUAGAGUGGAAUGUGAUGCCUCCUCGUCCGGCCAACGGAAAGGUCACUGUUCUGUUCCGGAAUAAAAAGAGGCCUGUGUCACACUUGGUCCCCUUUUUGUCCUCCUCUGGCCUCAGGCUCCUUCCUUCUUAUCAACAGUAGCCACAAUGUUUAUGGUGGUCUCGGCAAGCCUCCUUGAUGACGCAGCUCAAUGCAACUCAUUCCACAGACUUCAGCUUUUUUGCUCAGGAUACCCAGGGUUUUUGCUUAUAUAUUUUAAGAAGUUUGGUUUGGUUUUGAGAAAACAAGUUGGUUUCUCUUUAGUGACUUGUUCUUUGACUCCCAAAUGUAUACUUUGCUACAGACCUGUUGCUUACAAGUCCUCUAGGUUUCUUGGAGGUUCUCUUGCCAUCAGCCCGAACCUCUGUGGGUCCCCUUCACCCCCAUAAUCAUGGUGCCUUGAUUCAAAGCUUCCUCAAGCCUACUUUGGCCCUUCCUGCCCUCACUGCUUUCUGGAGUUUGAUUACGGCUUAGAUUUUGGAACUUUGCUCUGAGCUAACCUCCAGAGUAGCCAGGACUGAUGUUCUGGCAUGGAUGUCUGUGGUAGGCCAGAGAUAGGCUAGUGACAGUGUUAAGGAAGUAUACCUUUGUUCUGAAUUUUGCUGAUCAAUUUAAAGUGAAAUUUUCAUUCGUAAUUCGUGGCACUCGACUAUUAGUGUUAGUACUGUAAUGCUCACAGGGCUCCUAGAGAAUCUACCCAAUACUAGUCCCUUUUCUGCUGCCUAAAAAAUGACCAGAUAUCACCCCUGUGAGAUCUGGGUGGUUUACAAAGUCCUCUGGAUUUCUUAUAUUAUCAGGGAUAUGCGUAAGCAUAUAUUAAAAUGGACCUAUUUUGAUAUUGUUCUGUUAGGAAAAUGUUAUUGUAGCCCCAUUAAGUUAUUUUUCCUCUUGAGUCUGUGCUGAAGGGAAAGAUGCUGACGGACCUUAGUUGUAAUCAGCUGGGCAGUGACUGCCUUGGAAGAGAGACUGUAAAAGAGAUUCUAGACAAAGCCCUUGGCUGCACAAGUGACGAGUUCAUGUGUGUAAACAGCAUGCACAGCCACUUCACUAAUGGCUGAAGUCUUUUGAAGACCCUUAGGGAACGUUGUAUAAAACCCUGCAUGUAAGGGAAGCCCAUUCAGGUGGUAUGACAUCUCUUUGCAGCCCCUUGGUUUAUGUGGAAAAUAUCUUGAUCCCCAUAAAGAGCCCUAAAUUGGACCCUGGAGAGGAGCAAAGUCUUUCCUAACACACUAAGGCAUAUUAAACACAUUUUAGGUCACAUGUUAGUGUGAAUAUUCCUUUUGUGCCCAGCAGUUGUAUGCAUGAGUGCUUGUCAAUUCCCGGACAAGAUGAAGUAGCCUACAAGCAGCAGGCCCCAGGAGAUAGGCAAGCCCCUGUGCUAUGGCCUCCCUCCUAGUGACAGAUCCUGUGAAGACUGAUUUGCAGAGCUGAAAGGUUCUGCAGGCUGCAGGAGAUACCUGUGUGUUGAGCUAGCCUGGAAAGAGCUCAGUUACACACCUCAGGUGUCUAUAGCUUGAGAAUCUUCAAGUCUGAGGAUAUUUUGAACUCCUUCAAAGUUGCACUAUUAGUAUACCAUCGUGUCCUCAACCUUUAUAAUCUUCCCAAAUGUCUGAUUUAACUACCAAAAAGUUCCUUUCUUCCUGUGACAGGUCAGAAUCAAGUCAAUGGCAGUGCGUUAUUGAGCAACGUAAGGACAAACCCCAGUACUGAAGGGCUUUCUUUAUGAAAUGCACUCCUCUAUAUUAACCAGAAAACCUCUUUUUGUACCUGUUCACAACUUGUUUUCUUACUGACUAUAUUGGGUUGUCUCUUCUUACAGAGACUGGUUUUGGCCGGCAAGUGGCAGUUGAUAUUAAUGCAUGUUUUAUGCAAAACAAAAAUGUAAUACUAGUUGCUUUCAAAGAAUUCUGGCAUCAUGUACAUUUUUGUAGAAAUUAUUACUGGACUUACAUACUUCAAUCAGGUUUCUGUAGAAUCUAAAUAAAACAAAUUCAUAAUA